AUGAGUCUGUUUCAAGAUUUAAAUAUACUUAUUGUGGUUACAGAUCCUUCUCAAACAAAAAAUGCACAAUCUACAAAACUUCUAUUAGAAGAGAACGAUUGUAAUAGUUGUGAUAUAUACAAUUCAUAUGAUGAAUCAAAACAAGAACUUCAAAACAUAUUGUCCAUUAAAAAAUGGUUCUAUAAAAAUUUUACUACCGAAACAAAAUGUUCAGAUAUACAUUUUAUUAUCGCUGAAGAUAUAAAUUUUGAUUUUUAUAAAACUUGUGCAUUUGAUUUAUUAAUUCCAGUUGUAAAUUCAAAAUGGGUCCAGGAUUCGCUCAAUUAUAAUAGACUGAAUAAGACGACAUUAUACUCUCCAAAUCCACGUCAUAUUUUUAGAGAAUAUGAGUUCUAUAUUUCUAGAUGUACAUUUAAUAGUAGUGAAUACUUUUUCUAUACCCAUUUGAUCGUAUCAUUAGGUGGAUCAUAUACAGAUGUAUUAUCUUCAAAUAUAGAUUUCUUGGUUUCGAGAUCGUAUAUGGACCCCUCAAUUGUAGUGGUUCAAAAAGGUGAAAUUUCAAAUAAUAUUAAGUUUGUAUUCCCAACAUGGCUUUUACAAUGUUUUAAAACCCUGGACCAAGUAUCAUGGGAAAGUCAUUUAUUAACAAAGGAGAAUAAUCCUCAAUUGAAUGAGUUGUGGUCUUCUUUACAUUCAACCGAUUUCAAUUCCAAUUCAAUAACUUUAAAUGGGAAAUUUUUUAAAUUAGAUCAAAGUUUAAAACUAGAUCAUAACGUUUUACAAUUCUUGAAAAAUUUUAUUAGAAAUGGAGAUGGUCAAAUCACUAAUGCAUUGGAUAACGAUAUGACUAUAUUACUGGCAUGUGAAUCUCAAGCGGUCAGACCUCAACGAUGUAUGACAGCUAAUUUACUCUGGUUAUUUGAUGUAAUGAAACUAGAUGAAUAUGCUUCUCCUGAUUCAAAAAUCAUCUAUAAACCAUUCAAGGAUAAAAUAUUCGAUGAACAUAUCAAUAUUUUAAAUGCAAGUUUUACCAAAUAUUUUGGCUAUCAAAGAUUAUAUAUCAAGUUAUUAAUUGAAAGAUUAGGAGGAAAAGCAAGUACAGAUUUUUCGAAGAGAAACAAUUUUUUAAUUUGUCCAAUACCAAGGGGUAGAAAAUAUAAUACUGCAAUGACAUUAUGGAAAAAUAAAUGCACUGUCGUAAACCAUUUAUGGCUUGAAGAUUGUUAUCUAUUAGGCGAAAAAUUGGAUCCAACUUUGAAAAAAUAUAGUACUAUACCUGUAGAAAAAGGUCUUGAUAAUCAUAUCAACCAAGUAACAAAUAGUCUAUUGAUUAAGAACGCGUCCAGUCCCGUUAUUAAAAACAACAACUUGAUCUCUCAAUCAGAGACUCAAAUCACUAUCCCAAUCAAUGACGAAAAACAUGAUAUAAUCGAUGAUCCUAUCGAAGUGCCAUCCGAUAAUAACGAACCAUUACAUCCGGGAUUUGAAAACACCCAAUUUUCUGUAGAGAGUGAGGGUCUCACGAGCAGUGUUGAAAAUGAACGAAUCAUCAACAAAUCCUUGAAUGUAUUAAGAUCAGGCAUAGACCUGUUGAGCAAGACACAAAGUAAUUUGACCGAUAUGAGUGAUGGCAGUUCUCAAGUUGUGGCAGAUAUACCAGAGAAUAAAGAACAACAUGUCACCUCUUUAUCAGCCCCAAACACAGCAUCGGCCUCGUCUUCUUCUCAAUAUUUGACUGCGAGCAUGGGCUCUACUGUCCGAAAUUUAAACGAGCAAUUAACAAAGAACGAUGAUGAUGACAAAUCAAAAAUUGUUAAACGAAUCGUUGUGGAAGAUACUACAAAUGAUAUGACUAAGAAAAGAAAAAUCGAACAAUUACAAGAAGACUUAUCUUUGUCCUCAACAGCGACUUCAACGAACUCACGCAAUGGUAGCACUACCCCCCAGUGUGAGAGGGACUCAACAACGAUCAAAGCCCAGGAAUUGGUAUCAAAUUUUAUUGGAAAAUCGUUGAAUAAUAAGGGUAGUAUAGAUUCAUUAUUACCACUGUACGAUAUACGUGCUAUCCAAACGUCAUGUCUAGAUAAAAUAUCGAAACUGGAUAUAGAAAUAUUAAGAAUUUUAGGUAUACGAUUAUUUAACGAAAUUAAAGAAUCAUACCAUUUGAAUUCUAUAUUUGCACCAAAAGUACUUAGAACUAAAAAAUUUCUUCAAAGUUUAUCCUUUUCACCUUUAAAAUACGCUUUGAAACCUGAUUUCGUUGAUGACCUAAUAAAAAAUAUACGUCGUGGUGGGAAGAUAAGAGAUCUAUUUGAGACCAUCGAGGAGCUUAGAGACUUUGCAAGUGGUAAGCCAAUCGCGUAUUAUGUCAUCCCCGAGAUCACCGACAUCGUUAAAUCUAGAACAACACUACCCACAAAAGUGUUUCAAAGGGUCGGUAUUGAAACGGUAAAUAUAUUCGGAGAUAUUGCUGGUGGAACAAAUACCAUUACAGAUAUUUUAAAAUCUCAUGGUAUACAGAAUGUCAAUAUAUUAAACUCUAAGUUUACAGCAGACGAUAUUCUCAAGAACGAACACAUACAGGGAGAAGAAAUAAUACCGGACUACAUAUUGAUUGCCACUAAACGGUCGCAAGUGAAAAGAUUAAUGCCGAUGCUGGAGAUUGAAGGGACCCCAUUAAAUACCGGCACAGUGUAUGUUGUUGAAUGGGAUUGGUUUGUCAAAGCCAUAUUCAAUUUGGAAGUAAACUAUUCAUCCCAACAAGACGUUCUCCACUUACAUAAAGCAUAA